GCUCAGGCUGCUCCGGGCUAGCAGCGCGCAGGCUCAGCCCGUUUCCUCCAGUGGGGUGGCAAAGAGCUAUUCUAAAAAUUACUGCCACUAGGGUUUGUCAGACGGCUGCUGCUUAGUCCUCGCUGGCUUUUCCUUCUUCCGCCCUCCCUUUCUCUCCACAGAUACCUCCCCAAAGGAGUCUGCUGUUAAACCUUUACCAACGGGGGCUCUCACUUCACACAGGAGGGAGAAGCUGGGAUUGCAACUGCCACUGCCAACUCUUGCCGUCUGGAUCUUAGGUGAGCUCUUGACUGGGACAGUGCUGCCGUUAACAUGGCACCCAAAAAGAAGACUCUCAAAAAGAACAAAGCAGAGGUCAGUGAGAUGACCAUCAUCGUUGAAGACAGCCCCCUAAACAAGCUGAAUUUUCUAAACGGGCUUCUAGAGGGGGGCAACAGCCUCAGCUGCGUGUCUUCUGAACUCACAGACACUUCGUACGGCCCCAACCUCCUGGAAGGUUUAAGUAAAAUGCGGCAAGAAAGCUUCCUCUGUGAUUUAGUCAUUGGCACCAAAACCAAAUCCUUCGAUGUCCAUAGAUCAGUGAUGGCUUCGUGCAGCGAGUACUUCUACAACAUCCUUAAAAACGAUCCAUCAACGAAAAGGGUGGACCUCAAUGACAUCGCCCCUUUGGGGCUAGCCACCGUGAUUGCUUACGCUUACUCGGGAAAGCUGACCCUCUCUCUCUACACAAUAGGAAGCAUCAUUUCUGCUGCUGUGUACCUUCAGAUCCACACUCUUGUAAAAAUGUGCAGCGAUUUUCUGAUUCGAGAGAUCAGUGUUGAGAACUGCAUGUAUGUUGUUAACAUCGCUGAGACAUACUGCUUGAAAAGCGCAAAAGCGACCGCGCAGAAGUUCAUCCGGGAUAACUUCAUAGAAUUCGCGGAAUCCGACCAGUUUAUGAAGCUUACGUUUGAACAAAUCAACGAGUUUCUGGUGGAUGAUGACUUACAAUUGCCUUCUGAGCUAGUGGCAUUCCAGAUUGCAAUGAAAUGGUUAGAAUUCGACCAAAAGAGAGUGAAGCACGCUGCAGAGCUUUUAAGCAACAUUCGCUUUGGUACCAUCUCUGCGCAAGACCUGGUCAAUUAUGUCCAAACUGUACCGAGAAUGAUGCAAGACGCUGAUUGUCACAAGCUGCUAGUGGAUGCUAUGAACUAUCACUUACUACCUUAUCAUCAAAAUACCUUGCAAUCGAGGCGAACGAGAAUUAGAGGUGGCUGCCGCGUACUUAUCACUGUCGGGGGGCGCCCUGGCCUGACUGAGAAGUCCCUUAGUAGAGACAUCUUAUAUAGAGACCCUGAAAAUGGGUGGAGCAAGCUUACAGAAAUGCCAGCCAAGAGUUUUAAUCAGUGCGUGGCUGUGAUGGAUGGAUUCCUUUAUGUAGCCGGAGGGGAGGACCAGAACGAUGCAAGAAACCAAGCCAAGCAUGCAGUCAGCAAUUUCUGCAGGUACGAUCCCCGCUUCAACACCUGGAUCCACCUGGGCAGCAUGAACCAGAAGCGCACGCAUUUCAGCCUGAGCGUGUUCAACGGGCUCCUGUACGCGGUGGGCGGCCGCAACGCAGAGGGCAGCCUGGCUUCGAUGGAGUGCUACGUGCCCUCCACCAACCAGUGGCAGCCCAAAGCGCCGCUCGACGUCGCGCGCUGCUGCCACGCCAGCGCCGUGGCCGACGGCCGCGUGAUCGUGACCGGGGGCUACAUCGGCAGCGCGUACUCGCGCUCCGUGUGCGCCUACGACCCCACGCACGACGCGUGGCAGGAGCUGCCCGAGCUGAGCACGCCCCGAGGCUGGCACUGCGCGGUGGCGCUGGGUGACAGGGUGUACGUGAUGGGGGGCAGCCAGCUGGGGCCGCGCGGGGAGCGCGUGGACGUGCUCACGGUGGAGAGCUUCAGCCCCGCAGCACGCCAGUGGAGCUUCGUGGCGCCGCUGCCGGUGGGCGUGAGCACGGCGGGCGUCUCGGCGCUGCACGGCCGCGCCUACCUACUGGGCGGCUGGAAUGAGGGUGAGAAGAAGUACAAGAAAUGCAUCCAAUGCUUCAACCCGGAGCUCAACGAGUGGACGGAGGACGACGAGCUGCCCGAGGCCACCGUGGGCGUGUCCUGCUGCACGCUGGCCAUGCCCAACAGCGUGUCCCGCGAGUCACGGGCCAGCUCGGUGUCCUCCGUGCCGGUCAGUAUCUGAACGCAUUGCUUCCCCGAAGCCUGUGGUCAGACUGUGGAUGGACCACAAGGAAAAUAUGCACCAUUUACUACAGUGAUGGUGAUUCAAAUCGAUCUAGAGGAAUGUCUAGGCAGCCUUAAAUUCUUAGUUGGGUAUCUACCUCAGUCUUUUCCCACCUCUCACCAACAAAAGAAGCAAUUUCGUUCCGCAGCCACUGGGUGGCAAACAGAGUUUGUUACAGGCACUCUUCCAAGGAGGCAUGCUUCCUAAAUUCAUAGCAGCUACACUCACGCUGAGAUUUUUUUCCCCACACUGUACACGUGAAACUUACUUGACUAUGCAAUUCUCUAUUCAAAGGAAUAUUUUCCUCUCUUUUUCUUUUGGGAGAAGUUGGAAAUACUCAUUUCAAAUGUUCAGUUGAGAACAGUCUACAUCUAUUAAAGACUGAAUUUUAUAUUUCAACAUAAAAUUUUCUUUUCCUCUACUUCACUCACUAAAAAGAGAAUUAAAAGGCAUCUCAUUAUAUAACCGCAAGGCUUUAAAUGGGCUUUGGCUAGAAAGUAACGCGUUCUACCUGGGAAACGACAAGGACGACAAGGUGACAGUUUGGGAUUAGUAGUGUGUGCCCCAUUAUAUCCUUGAAGCUCAGGUCAUUUUCUGUCAUAAAAUCCUACUCUCAGAAAAGGAAUAGGUUUUUUGUCAUUUAAUUUAUAGUGCAAAUUUAAAUUAUUUGGCAUUUUUUCUUAGAAAUAUUUCUACUUUUGUCCUUACAUAUUAAGAGACUUUUUUUUUUUUUUUUUAAGGUUUUACUAGGUUGCCCAGGUAGCCUCUGCAGUAGCUGGGGUUACAGAGGGGU